UGGCCUGUCUCAAAAACAAGACAAAAACAAAUCUCACGUUCAAAGGGACGUAAAUACUGCCGCGUGCUGUUCUAUCGACUGCUCAUCUUGUCGUAUUUCCGCAAACAAAGAAAAACCGAGGACAAGAUGGUUUCCCCUGUCACUGUGGUCAAGAGUGAGGGUCCAAAGCUUGUGCCAUUCUUCAAAGCCACUUGUGUCUACUUCGUUUUGUGGCUGCCCACCUCGAGCCCGUCCUGGUUCAGUGCCCUCAUCAAAUGCCUGCCCAUUUUCUGUCUCUGGGUUUUUCUGCUAGCGCAUGGCAUCAGCUUUUUAGGUGCCCACUCCAGUGCCAGGAAAAUCCUGGCAGGACUUAUUUUUUCAGCUUUGGGUGACGCAUUUCUCAUCUGGCAAGAGCAAGGCUACUUUUGUCAUGGGCUGCUAAUGUUUGCCAUCACUCACAUUCUCUACUCUUCGGCUUUUGGGAUGAAGCCCCUCAACUUUAGAGCAGGUUUGGUCAUUACUGUUGCUUCAGGCAUCAGCUACACCCUUCUUUACCCCUACCUCUCUGGUCCGUUCACCUACCUGGUGGCCGUUUACAUCGCUCUCAUCGGGUUCAUGGGUUGGAGGGCCAUCGCUGGUGUCCAGGUGGCCAAUUACCUCUGGACCUGGACAAAACUGUCGGCCUGUCUUGGAGCCGUCCUCUUCAUGGUGUCUGACCUCACCAUUGCCGUCAACAAGUUCUGCUUCCCUGUGCCCCACUCCCGAGCCAUCAUAAUGGCCACCUACUACGCAGCACAGAUGUUGAUUGCGCUGUCAGCUGUGGAAUGCCAAGAUGCUGAUGUGUCUUGGAAAAGAGCCUGAGCA